GCAGGCAAAGUAAUUAAGUGAAAUUGAUUCAAGCUGUUCCCCCCAAAUACAAAAUGGUCUUACGUUCGGGCAUUAUUUUACCAUUUCAAUUUCGAGACACCAAGAAACUGUUGAUGAUUGGAGUGCCCGAGGAAAAUCGUGAUUUAAGUAUUUGGGAUUUAAAAAAUGUCGUUCGAGCUGCUUUUGGAAUUUACAAUUUUGAAUUUCGCAAUAAAAAGAUUGGUUUCAACAUACCCGAUGAAUUGCUAUUGCAAUAUUUAGCCCAACGACAUGACUUAACCAACUUCGUUAUAGAAAUUGGCCAGGUUUUUGAUCCCUGUAAAGACAACUAUCACACACUAAUAUCAAAUUGUUUUUCCUGCCGUUGUGGUUCAACACAAAAACAAGCUUUAGAUUUACAUGAACCUUCGAAAAACCAACACAACACUGCCAGUGGACCAGAACACAAUAGCCAUCAUUCUCACCAUCAACAACAUCAGUCCACAACACAUCAAUUUAGUAGUGCUUCCAAUUCACAACAUUCACCGGAUAACGAUGAAGAGCCACCCAUGAAAUUACGCAUUUCAAAUGUGAAUUUACUGCCUUCCAAUAAUAUGGACAGUACUGCCACCGAGCAUUUUGAAGUAGAGCCCAAAAUAGACUAUGAUGAAGUAUCAUCGCCAUCAUCGCUACAUACACAGCAACAGCAACAACAGUCACAACAUCACCAUCAGCCUCCGCCACCACCACCCCAGCCAUCAACAACUGAUGGUAGUUCAGUGGCUAGCCAACAACAACAAGCAGCAGCAGCGGCGGCGGCAGCUGCAGCUCUAGCCUUAAGCUCAUCAACAUCAGCUUUAAAAUUGCACAAUAAUCCCGAUACCGAUGAAGAGACCACUUAUAUGGAAAGGGAAUUACAGGAGCAGGAAUUGCAUUUAGAACGCAUGCAUGAAUAUUUUCUACAGCAACAACAGCAUUUACAGCAGCAACAACAACAUCAACAGCAGCAGCAACAACAGCAUCAGCCCCACAUAGAAUCUUUAUUGCAUGAAACAACCACAUCGAACAGCCUGCGACAGCGUAAGGAACGUAUGUCUAAGAAACAAAAAGAAGUCUAUGUCAACUUCUUGGAACAACAUUCAAUCAUUAACGAACAUAGACGCAAUGAUCCCGUAUUGAAUCGUUAUUGGAUUAAAUUGGCCGACAUACUAAACUCAGUACCUCAAGGAGCAGUUAAACAUGUUGCCGAAUGGAAACAGACAUUUGACAAUUGGCGCUAUCGGGUAUUCCUUUAUGCGCGCUACAAUUCAAAAAUAACCGGCGAAGAAGCCUUAAAUCCUAAAUGUUUCAAGCCACUCACACUGACAGAUAAACGAGCCUAUAACAUAUGGAUACGAAAUCCAGAUACAGCACCGCCAGACUUGGAACAUAUGCGUAAUGUAUUUAUGAAUCUUGAAGAGGCUCAACCUGAAUAACAAACGGCUGAAACCAAAUGAAAAC